UACCGUUAUAGAAAAUUAUACAACACCUUGUAAAUUAUUUCAUUUGUCAAAAGUGACGUCUUAGUUACUAGACACGGUCUUUUCCCGAAAAAAAUAAAAUCCAUGUAGUGCAACGGAUCAAUUCGCAGCUGCUUAUAUAAUUCAGUAAACGGCCCAACUCUCAUCCAAGAGAGUGCGCCGCGCCCGAGGAAUCCUCACGGAGUGACUGCUAAUAACCGGAGCCACCGCAAAUAACCGGAGUUACUCGCCCCAACAGCUGGAGUGACUGCUAAUAACCGGAGUUACUCGCUCCAAUAGCCGGAGUUAACCUAACCAGCCGACAGAGCUGUGCUGCUUUGGGAAGAGACAAAGUUCGAGAAAUGGAGAACUUUCGACAGUUUGUUGGGUUUCUGAUGGCCGCUGCGUUGCUGGGGAGCCUCUCGGUUGUGUUAGUUUCGUUUUGGGUGCUGCACUGGAGAGGGGGAUUGGCGUGGGACCAGGGACUGCUUGAAUUUAACUGGCACCCAGUCCUCAGCACCAUAGGAUUAAUCUUCAUUAAUGGAUUCGGUGUCAUCAUUUACAGGCUGCCCUGGACAUGGAGCUUCAGUAAACCUCUUAUGAAGUACAUUCAUGCUGGCCUCCAUAUCAUAACCUUUGUUCUUAUGGUCAUUUCACUCGUCGCAGUUUUUGAUUUUCAUGACUCCAAGAAGAUUCCUAAUAUGUACAGUUUACACAGCUGGAUUGGGUUGGCUGCUGUUAUUAUGCAUGCUCUGCAGAUAAUAUUAGGAUUGUGCACUUUCCUGCUGCCCUGCACUCCUACGUUUAUCAAGACUUUUUACAUGUCCAUUCAUGUCGGUGUUGGUCUUUUCAUCUUUGGAAUGGCAGUUACUGCAGCAGAAAUGGGAAUAACUGAGAAACUUAUUUUCUCUCUAGAUUUCAUUAUGCCCUUGAAUGAGGUGACAGCUGAUUGGCGGUCAGGUAGUAAUACUACACUGCCGUAUUCUCAGUCACCUCCUGAGGCUAUAUUAGUCAAUACCCUUGGAAUUUUCAUUUUACUCUUUGGAGGAUGCAUCUUGUGGAUUGCCACACGUCCAGAGUGGAAGCGCCCUCCAGAACAUAUGAAAGAAAAUGUAGGCAGUGAAGAAGACUCUAUCUUAAACAAACAAAAUGUUUCUGCUGAAAGCAAUAAUGAAAAUGUUCCUGAAGGCAUAGCAAGAUUGAGACACCUCAACUUGGAAGAUGUGGGUCAAAGAUCAACAUUCUAAGAAGUGAUUAUAAUUUGCUCAAAUACAAAUUUGAGUAUUAAACAGUAACCAUUCCAUUUUUUCAGUGUUAAGUGAAUAUGGGCAACCAAAACAUUUACAUCCUUAGCACAGUGCAUAGGUUUAGCUUUUCUGCAACAAAGAGGGAAAAUACUAACCAAAAAGAAAUGCUUUGUUGACAUACAACAACUAAUACAGGUCGAGUAUCCUUUAUCCGAAACCCUCGGGGCUGAUUGCAUUUUGGAUUUCAGAUAAUUUAGUUUUCAGGUACCACAUAUAAACUUACAUUUACAAUAGCUUAAGCCUAGGCUAGCUAUAGUCUAAAGUAAAUAAAAUGGCUAGAAAAGUAAGAUGUAUCACUGAAUAAUAAAUACAGUGUACCUAUAAAUUCCUUUUGACAUGUUCACCAUAAAAAUUGCAAGUCAACAGUAUAGACAAACAACUAGACUUCUCGUGCUAAAGAUAGAAGAGGUUAAAAAAAAAAGCAUGGUUUUUGGAUGUGUUUGUUUUUCAGAUUUAUGGAUAAAGGAUACCUGACCUGUAUGUUCUGUAUUAAAGAAUUACUGCUAUAUGAAACAUUAUUUUUGUGCACAUAUGUAUGCAAAUAAGUGUGUUAUGAAGUGUACAAUGAAAUAGAUGCUUUUGAUACUUCAUGUUAGAAGUCAAAUACGUUAUAGACAUGACUUUAGAGAAGAAUGUGCCAUUAAGCUGUUUAUAUAUUCAGUACUGACCAUUGGACACUGUAAACAUUGACUUGUUAUCUAUAUAUUUACAUAUAAAUAAAGUAUUAGUGCAUCUCC